AUGGCAGUUAGAUCAGAACUUAGCGAGCAGAAGUUAGGGUACAUAAGGGAGUUUGUAAACAAUAAAGACCCGAAGGAAGAAUAUAAACUAAUCCAGAGCAUUGGAACUGGCACAUACGGCGAGGUUUACAAGGCCAUUCGGUUAAGGACAAAGGAAUUCGCUGCUGUCAAAAUAAUUAAAGUCGAUGCUAAGGAUGAUGUACGUGCUAUACUUCAGGAGAUACAAACACUCCGCGAAUGUCGACACUGCAACAUCGUACAAUUCUUCGGUAGCUAUUUCAGAAAUAAUAAAUUGUGGAUAUGUAUGGAGUUCUGUGGAGGGUUCUCUAUGCAGGAUAUUUACACAAAUAUCCAGAGACCCAUUGAAGAGAAUUGCAUAGCUUUUGUAUCCAGGGAAACGUUACGAGGCAUAGAAUACAUGCAUAAAGCAGGGAAAAUACACCGUGAUAUUAAGGGUGCAAAUAUUCUACUGACGACUGACGGUGAUGUCAAAAUUGCCGAUUUUGGUGUUGCAGCUCAAAUCACACAGACGAUUCAGCGUCGAAAUUCUUUCAUUGGAACACCAUACUGGAUGGCACCUGAAGUUGCAGCUGUUGAACGUAAAGGUGGUUAUGAUGAGAAAUGUGAUGUAUGGGCGUUAGGAAUUACUGCUAUUGAAUAUGCUGAACUACAACCUCCACUAUUUGAUUUACAUCCUAUGAGAGCUUUACGAAUACUUGGCAUGCGUAGUUACAAACCACCAGUACUUCGAAAUAAAUCUUUAUGGUCUCAGAAAUUUCAUAAUUUCCUGAAAGCAUCAUUAACAAAGAGUGAAAAGAAAAGGCCAACAGCUCAAGCUUUAUUACGACAUGAAUUUGUCAAUCAACCACAUUUAACUAGACUAUUAACAUUGAAAUUAUUAGAAACUAAUCGUAAUCCUAAUAUUACUACUACUACUGCUGCUGCUAAUAACAACAACCGUUUAUCUGUUCAUGCAAAUAAUUCAACUAAUCAACAAAAAUCACAUUUAAAAGAAGGACAAAUUCAAGAAGAAUAUUCUGCUUUAUUAGCUGGACGACCUGAUUAUCCUAUGGUAAUGAAUAAAUUACCUGUACAAAGUCCUAAUGAAGAAUAUAAAGUACCUCAAAUAUCAUCAACUGAUAAUCAAUCAUCAUCGGAUAUAAAACGUCCUAUUACUUCAACAUCAUCAAAUCGUCCAGAACCAUUAAUAAAAAUGCAUACACCAUGGCAAUCGCAACAAAUGAAAUCUGAUCAAUUAUCACCAAUUAAUUUAUUAAAACCAACUACAACUAUCGCUGAAGUAAUUGUACAAAAAUCAUCUAUUAUUUCUCCUAUGGAACGUAUACAAUCAGCUAGACCACAACAAUUUCUAAUUGAACAUUCAAUAAUCAAUGAUGGUAAUGCUUUGAAUAAUAAACUUAAUAUUGAUAAAUUGAAUUCAAAUCAUCAUCCAUGUACAUCAAAAUCAAUUUUAGAAGAGAUACGUAUUAUGGAUGAAUUGCCUACACCAUUUCCUGCUUAUGUUGCAUCAGCACCAACUGCUACACCAGCUGUUAAACCGCCUGGAUUAAGUUAUCAAUUAAAUAAUUCUACAUCAAAACAUAUUGAAAAUAUUAUACAGAAAACGCCUACAUCAUCAUAUUCGUCUGGUAUCAGUCAACCAUUGCAUAUUCAAACAACCACUUAUGAUUUAUCGUCGACUACCGUGGUUGAUUCACAUAAAAAUCAUCAUCAUUUACAACACCAACAACAUUGUCGAUCUUCAUCGAAUAAUUCGUCUAGCAUUUCUUCUGCUUCUACAUCACCACGUAGUUCAUGUUCAUCAAGUCAACUAGAUUUAUUAGAUCCAGUAUCUACUGAUUUAACUUCAGGAAGUCAUCAAACUACAAUUCUGUCAAAUUCCAAUUCGUCGUCUCCUACAUCUCCAGGUUCUAGAACAUCAUCAUCAUCACCAUCGACUUCUUCAUCAGUUAGUGCAGAAGCAGCAGUUGUUGAUGAUGAUGAUUUGAAUGGGGGCGAUGAAGCUAAUAUUUUAAUAUCAGCUGUUAGUGUAGAACACAAAUCUGAUUUUGUCGGUGUUGAUGAUGAUGUUGAAGAAGUGUUUCUAAAUGAAGAUAAAGAUUUGAAAAGUGUAGAUAAGCAACAAGAUGAAAAAGAAGAAGCUGAAAACUAUAAUCAUCAAGAGUAUUUGGCAAUUACUGAACAUACCAUCAUACAAGAUUCAUUGGAAGCACGAUUUUUACCUAUUGAUUCUGAACCCCAUGUUGUAGAAGCACAUUCAGUUCAUGUGGCACAUCAUAAUGUAAGUCCUGAGAAUGGUGAUCAACUUUGUCGGAUGACUGGUACUGUGACUCAAAGUGUUGCCGUCAGUAAAACAAUAACAACAAUAGCUGCUACUACUACUAAAGUCAAUGGUACAAAUGCUCAGUCUAACGAUUCAUCUGUUGUCGAAUUUAAUAAAUCUGUCAAUUUAACAAAUGCAUCAAAUCAUGAUAACAUUCCUAAAUCAAUUAGUAUUGAUGAUUACACGAAAGCAGAGAAACAUCGAAGUGAUCAACAAUAUAAUCGUCAACAUUUAUCAAUAAGUGAUCAUAUAAAUUAUGAUAAUAAUGGAGAAGAGGAUGAUUUAAAUGAUAUUGUACAUUAUACGCCAGAACGUAUAUCACCAAUGUCAUUUGAUCGUGGUACAGUGACUACAAUUGAAUCACAUUUAUCUAGUAUAAUGGCUCAAGAUGAAAUUGAUGAUUGUCGAGAUAAUACCAAUCUUAACAAAGAACUUGACUAUUCUACAUCGAAAAAGAUUAUUGCUGAUUCAGAAAAAAUUUCCGAAUCUCCACCAUAUGCUUGUCUCGAUGUGCAUAAUGAUAAUCCAGAUGAAUGGGAUUUAGGUGUGGCUGAUCGUGAUUUAUUAGCCGCUGAUGGUUUACUCUAUUUAGAUCGUAGUCAUCCGGAAUCACUUAGCGAUCGAAUUAGUGAAUUUGGAUUUCGAAUUCAUGGUUCAUCUGAAGGUGAAGAAGAUUUAGAAGAUGAGGAUGAUGAUCCAGACGAUAGUGGAAUUCGAGAUGAAAUAAUUAUACCAAAUGAUUUAUCUAACAUAAAUAUGAUGAAUUUAUGUCAAUUAUCAUCGAAUACAAGUAAUAUUGAAGGUAUUUCACCAACAUUAAGUCGUAUGAAUACAAAUGAUAAUUCUAUGGAUACUGUGUCUACAAAAAAAUUAUCAUUAUCAACAAUUGAUGGAACUAACUUAAAUAGUCAAAUAACAAAUGGUGAUCUAAAUCUUAAUCAUAUGGAUGUAUUAAAUAAGAAUACAAAAAUUAAUUCUACUAUGACAAAUACUACUACUAGUACUACUACUAAUAAUAAUCAUAAUAACAGAUUAGUCAGUCAAAAAGAAUUGGAUUUAAAUGAUAUUGUUAAUUCCACUGGUCAUGAGUUUUAUCCAGAGAAAUCCGGAGAGGAAUUAAUGUCUUUAUUAAGACAAUUGAAAUUUGCUCAAAAAUUCGCUUGGUUAUCAGGAGCUUCUGUACUUCCAACAGGAUUAUCUGCAUUGACUAAUAUCCAAUCAAAUAAAUUAACUAGUAACAAUAAUAAUGAUAAUAAUUUGGAUCAUCAUUGUCAAUCUUUAACUAAUGGAAUAACAAAUGAAUUAUAUACAAAAACCGAUACAUUGAAUAUAAUGAAAGAUUCUUCUACUAUUAAAACAAUGAAACAAGAUAAAAUCGAUCAAAUUGAUGAUCAAAAAGAUGUGAUGAAGUUAGAUACUACUAUUAUUUCUAAUGUUGUUACUACUACUACUACUACUCAUGAUCAUGAUGAAGAUAAAAAAUCGAUUAAUGGAGGAAUUACAUUUAUAAAACAUAAUCAUUUAAACAAUAAUUCGAUGUUACUUAAUGGAGAUAAUUCUAAAUUGAAUCAAAUGAAUGGAAAAUUGAAUGAUAUACAAAAUGAUGAUCAUAUUGAUGAUGAUGUUGUUGUUAAUAUAAAGAAUAGUAAAAUUGAUAAUUCAUUUGUUAAACAAAAACAAAAUGGACUUGUAUAUGAUAAAACAGACGUUAUCAUAAAUGGUCAAAUAAAUGAUAGUUUUGAUGGUAAUGAAUUACCAUUAUUUGUGAAAGAUAAUACAAUAUUGGAUAAUGAUUCAUCAAUAAAAUCUGAUAUGAAACUAAAUCUGGAAACUAUAUCUACUACUUAUAAACCGGAUAAUAUUAGUUUAUCUACCAAGCAUACGAUUGAUAUACCUACUACCGUUUGUAGUAAUAUUCAACCACAUUCUCCUGCUGUUAGUAAUACAUUUACUACACCAACUGUGACAACAGAUAAUCAUCUGAAGUUAUUAAUGAUGAAUAUGAAAGAUUAUGUACAAGUAUCUAGUUCAUUACCGUCUACUCCUAUGUCAUCGUCUUUUGUACCAGCUAAUUUCAAUGUUAUUCCUACUAUUGAUAACAAUAAUAAUAAUAACGACAAAACGAAAUCAGAAAGUGAUUUUCAGACAACUAAACUAUCCGAAUUGGAGAAACAAGAUAUUGCUUAUAAUAAAGAUAAUCUUUCUGUUAAGAAUUACACAUCUCUACCAUCAGGUACAAGUACUGCAUAUCCUUCAGAUGUAGUAAUAACAACAAAAUGUACAACUACCACGGGGACAAUAGAUUUAAUAUGCUCUAAAUCAACCAUCAUGGGAAACACACAUGCUACUUAUCCUAUCAGUAGUAGUAUCAUUACUACUACUUCACCUACUAUUGGUUUGUUAACAAAACCAGCACCAAUAUCUAUAUCCACUGAUAUUCAUCCAAUUGACAGUGAUGAUAUAGAAGUAGAUGAUAUUGUUUAUAGUAAUAUAUCAAAUGAAGGGAAAUCUCAUAUUAGUGGAUCAUUACAAUUGAUACCUCAAAGAAAAGAAAAGAAUACGAAUAGGAAAAAAUUAUUUUAUCGGUCUAGUUUAUCACCUUGUUCAGAUAUUCAUCCAUUCCCAUCAUCGACAUCACUUGUAACAGGUUCUUUACCAAAAACAGAUGAUCAAGAGAUAUGCAGUAACGAUUAUCAGAAAAUAGCUAGCAGUGUUAUUCCACCGUCAACUGUACUAACAUCACCAAUCACAGAUACAGAAACCAUUAGAACUACUGCAUCAAUAUCAUAUCUACCUUCAAAUCAGCCUCUGGCAUUGCAACCGCAUUUAAAGAUGGUUUCCAGUAUAGAAUUGAGUGGUAACUUAAACGGUAAUGAUAAUAAUAAUAAUAAUCGAUCCCACAACGGCAACUUCUCAAAAGACUCACCACUUGUUUCAUCAGUGAAACUACAUAGACGUGUACCUGCCCCUACUGUUACUUCGGUUGUUCUUAAUAAUAGUGAUACGAUCGCUACUACAAUAUCGAAAAUCGCCACUUCACCCGCUUUAAUUUCUUCUGUUGUAAAUCCUGCUAAGGCAAAUGAGACGAAAAUAUCACGUUCAUCUAUGAUUGAAUUAAUAAGUUGUCCUAAUAAGGAUGUGUCCUACCCAGGUCAAAUACUGUCAUCGAUUCCUCCACCGCUCCCUUCGCUGACAUCUUCAACACCACUAUCUAAACCACAAGGAAAUAUGGGUGCUUGUUUUUCAUUAGUAUUUGAAGGUUGUCCAUUGAAGAUUAAUUCAACUGCAACAUGGAUUAAUCCCGCUAACAAUGGUCAAGUUAUCCUAUUGGGUACAAAUGAUGGUAUAUAUUGUUUACAGUUGAAAGGACGUUCUGAGAAUUCUUUAGAAUUACUAUUUCCACGUCGUUGUUUAUGGUUAUCUAUUACUCGAGAUACUAUGAUGUCACUAUCUGGUCGUCAUCCUCAAUUAUAUGCACAUAAUUUGGUUUCUUUAAUGAAAUUAAAAUCUCAAGGUCAUUCAAUGAGUGGUGGUAGUGGUUGUACAGUUGGAGGUAGUAGCGGAGUUAGCGGUAGCAAUAUUAGUGGUCUUGGUGGAGCUGCAUCAAAAUUUGGCAAAUUUGUUAAACUUUUUCCUAAACGAUUUUCACCAUCGAAAAAAAUGCCUGAUACAAAAGGAUGUUUACGUGCUAAUGUUACACGUAAUCCAUUUAAUGGUGCUAAAUAUUUAUGUGCAGCUAUGACAAAUGAAAUAUUAAUUAUGGAAUGGUUUAAUCCUGUAUCAUCAUUCAUUGAAAUUAAAAGAAUAUUUGUUCCUGAUAUGCCUUCACCUUUAUUAAAUUUUGAUUUACUGAUUGUGAAAAAUCUUCCUCUACCAUUUGUUUGCGUUGGAGUCUAUCGACAUCAUUCUCGUAAAGGUCGAGAAGGUCAACGUUUUCGUUUACAUUUGAUUGAUUUAAAUAGUUCUGGACCUAAUCCACCACAGAUGCCUCCAGUAGUUUCAUCUAUUCCUCCUCCUAUUUCAGUGUCUUCUGUUGCUGCUGCUGUUUCUGUCACUGCAAUGGCGUCAACUACUAGCACGACUAUUACUACUUCUACAACAACAACAACAACUAAUUCUGUAUCUCCAAAUCAUUCCGGUUUAUUAGUGGACUCAUCUACAUCUCCUCACUCUGUAAUAUCACAUUCAGAAAAUAUUCAUGGAUUAAAUGAUUCAGUUGAAUUAACGAGUAGUAAUAAUAUUAGGUUGACUAAUAAAACACAAGUAGUUCUUAAAUCAGAUCAAACAAAAGCUGAAUUACAACGAAAGAAUACUCUAUUUUUACCCGAGGAUAUUCUACCGGUUGUUGAAACUGUACAAUUAGAGCAUAAUACUAUAUUAAUAUGCUUUUUAGAUUGUGCUAAAGUUGUCAGCUUGAAUGGUCAAAUUAAAUCCAGUCGUCAUCGUGCCACAACUUUAGAUUUUAAUGGAAUCACAGUUGAAUCUAUUGUAUGCCUUCGAGAUAGUAUUCUUGUAUUUCAUCCACAUGGUCUAUUAGGAAAAAGUUUUACUGGAGAGUUAACUCAAGAAAUUAAUGAUAAAGAAAAUAUUUAUCGAUUAUUAGGAUACAAUCGAAAUAUUAUUGUUGAAAGCCGACCAGCUAAUAAUCCAAUGUCUAAUUCUAAUGUAUACAUUUUAUCUGAUAAUAUGGAGAAUAUUUAA